UUUCUACCAGGCCUACGCAGCUGCUACCUGCCGCUUCCCAUCGGAACGACAAGGUCCAUGCUAAAUCUCGUAGAAUAUGAACUUGCAUGUGAUUGGCGGAAAUGGACUACUGCGAGUGUCAAAGACUUCAACAAGGAUCGGAUUCAAGACCAAGCUUGUAUGAUCAGUGGUCUCCCGGACGACGUAAUCUCCCUGUGGAUUGUACCGCCGAUGGGAGUAUUGUUUCCUGAGUGCCUAGGACGAUACAGGACCAGAAUAUGAGCACUUUCAGGCCCUGAUACUGGACGAUCAAAAUAUGGAGAAAGUGAAUGUUUCGUGUUUCAAAUCUACCACGAACAUUUUGACUAUGCGAAGUGAUCUGGCCAAGUUAUUCUAUGAAAACAGGUUCUCCAUCGAUGUUGAUGACAACUACAGAAUCGUCUUCUUCCAAGACCCGGAUGAGCUAGAAUGCUCCUUGGAGUCUAUAGAUGCGCUGAACGCAAGAGACUACCAUUGGACACCACCCACACCCGAUGGGGCUUUCCAACCUGACAACGACCUCCUUCGCCGGCACUUCAGACAUUCGCUUCGAGUGAACCUAUGCGGGAACGACAUACAUUCUGUCAUGACCGGGGGCCAAAUCCAGGCUUAUUGGGACAGAUUCAACGGAUACAGCGAUGAUGAUGACAUCAUCGGACCUACAGAUCCAGAGUGGGACACUCCGUUGGGGCGCUGCUGUCGGGAAUGGCAACGCUUGGACCAACUGGCUGAACUCGAUGAGCGUUUGCAGGAGCUGCAAUUUGAGGAGGAGGAAGAGGAGGAGGAGGAUUAGGGCAGCGUCAUCGUGUUCCUGUACAUCUUUGUGAACGCUAUGUAGGACCAGAGGUAAGAACAGAACUUUC